AGACUGGGGGGGUGGCAGGAAUCCACAAGAACUAAUCACUACUGCUGAUCAAGGGAAGGCUAGCCUUUCACACUUUAGACAUAAAGGAAUCCAGUUGUCUAGGAAACAGCCUUGUAACUAUGUGAUAUAAAUUGAAAAAGAGGUCAAACAGUAAGCAGCACAGACAAGUGCAAGACAAGAUGAAUACUUCCGGGGGUAGCUGUGGAAGUCCCAGCUCCGUAGAUCCUGCUGCAGACUGCUUCAAGGAACUGUGGUCCAAACUGAAAGAAUGUCAUGAUAAAGACAUGAAAGGAUUACAGUUAAAGAUUUCCAAACUGAAAAAGGAAAGGUGUUUGGAUGCAGAGAGGCUUGAAGAGUUUUACACCAAAAACCAGCAGCUUAGAGAACAACAGAAAUCUCUGUAUGACACUAUUACAGUUUUAGAAAAUCGUUUAAGAGCUGGAUUAUGUGAUCGUUGUGCAGUAACUGAAGAGCAUAUGGAGAAGAAACAGCAGAAAAAAGAAUUUGAAAAUAUCCGGCAACAGAAUCUUAAACUGAUCACUGAACUGAUGAAUGAAAGAAACAGCUUACAAGAUGAAAACAAGAAAAUUUCUGAACAGCUUCAGCAGAUACUUCAAGAGCAGAAUGAAGAUAUGAAAGGAUUUAUACCAGACUCACCGGUUCAAACGCUUUCACUUUCAAUGGUUAAUCGAAUGCGCCGAAAAAGAGAGAAUAGGCAUGUACGAUACACAGAACGUAAGUGUACAGAAUUAGAACAGAAAGGAAAAACUAAUGAGCUUGUGAAGGUUGGUUUGUUAUCAGCUCAGAAUAACGUUCAUUCCAGUAAAGAAAUAUUGGUGGCAGAUACCUGCACUACACAGUGUUCACCAGUACCAAAUGAAAAAGGAACAGGAGACCCUGCCACAACAUCGCCUUUUGACUUGGCUGCAGUUGUUGCAGAAACACUUGGACUUGAUAAUCCUUACAAACAGGGAGACUCAAGAAAGCACAUGGCUCAUGGAUUACCAAAAAGCAAUGGCGACAAUAUGGGGUUUUUAGAUCCGUUGGACACCACUCCUCCGCCUGCAGACAGGGAUUCUAAGUCCCUCUCUCCUGUUAUGGGGGCCUCUGCAUCAGCUAACGUGAAGACGAGCAUGGGACUGAGUACGAGUCUUUCCCCCUCUGUAUUAGCAACGGGACAGAAGUCACAUCUGAAAGUCAGCUCUGUCAACAGUUCUUCUUAUUGUAGCCCUGAGAAAGUGAGGUCAAAAUCUGAAGAUGUUGCUUUUUUUGCUCCACCUAACCUUGGAACUGAAUUAGCCUCUGUUAUCAGUCAGGCUCCAACCAGUUGGCAAGGGGUCAUGAAAGAGAAUUCAGAUGAACCCAUUAUGUGUGUCACUAACACACGUUCAGAUAAAGAUGAAAAUGUCAAGAGUGAUUUCCUUCUUGCACCACAGAAACCACUAGUAAGUAGAAGCACUAAAAGGAAGAAAUCUGAGGAGAAAAGUGGGCAUGUGACUGGCUUUGGAAAAGAAAAUGCCCUCCCAGCCCAAAUAGACAUUCCUUCUGCUGCCACCAGAGAUAACGCGGCUGACAAGCCCCUAGAUCUGUCUGAUCGUUUUGGUUGUUUUUGGUCUCAAGAAAAAAGCCAUGCAUCUUCUGAGCUCUCCAAAGCCAGGCUGAGGCAGGCAAUUCUCCAUGAUGUUUUCCAACCACUAGAGGAAGAGACUUCAUCCCUUAAAAGCAUCAGUGUUAACUACGUAGCAAACAAGGAUUUGGAAGAGGAUCCCUGUGUACAGGAAGCACUCCUGAAACCUCUGAGCAAAGCACCUAUAGAGAUUAAACCUCAAGUACCCAUAAAAAAUGAAGCCCUUGCCUUUUGUAUUGUACAGCCAAAUGAUGCCCUUGAGUCAGAACUCUCUGAAGACAUGACAGUCUGUGAACCAACAAGUAAGAAAAUAAAGGCAAGGCUUGGAGUGGGUGAACCAGCAUCAGUGUUACAACCAAAUCCUUGCAGAGUGACGAAAAAGGCACAACAAUACAGUCAGCAAGAUAAGCCAUCCUUGGAAAGUGUGCAAUGGAGUAUAGAUCCAGGAGCAGACCUUUCCCAGUAUAAGAUGGAUGUAACUCUAAUAGACACAAAAGAAAAUACCCAAACAAGAUUUGAAGCAGAGACAGUAGAUAUGGAACAUACAUACGUCAGUGAAAGUAUUCUGCUGAGACUGAAAAAUCAGGAACAGAAAGCAAACAGUCCACAAAGCGAAAUAAGAAAGAAUGGUGACUUAACAGUAAUAUUUGAUCAGACGACAUAUGAAGAAUACAACUCCUAUUUAGAAGAUGAUAAUCUUCCAGAAUGUAACAAUAAAGAUGUGUCUCAAGAACAAGGGGAAGACGAUAAGACAAUAUCAACAGGAAAGAAAAACCAACAGAGACAUGAAGACAAAAAAGAUAAAACCAAACAGAAGGCUUUUGUUGAGCCCUAUUUUAAAAGUGAUGAAAGAAAGAACUCUGUAUUAGAUUUUCCUCAUAUUGAGGUUGUUCGUAAGAGAGAUGAGAGAAGAAAAUUACCUGGCCAUACUUGUAAAGAGUGUGAUAUAUAUUACGCAGAUUUUCCAGAAGGAGAGAAAGAGAAGAAGUUAGCUGCCUGUUCAAGGCAUCGAUCUCGCUACAUUCCUCCUGACACACCAGAGAACUUCUGGGAGGUUGGAUUUCCUUCCACCCAAAUGUGUGUUGAAAGAGGUUACAUAAAAGAGGACUUUGCUCCAUGCCCUCGUCCUAAAAGAAGACAGCCUUAUAAUGUGACCUUUUCUCCAAAAGGCAAAGAACAAAAGACAUAACUGAAGUGUAAAACUGAAAAAUGUAGAUACAGGUCUUUUGUGACAGUUGGUAUUUAUAACCAGUGGCAAACAUGGAUAAAAGUAUUGUCUGUGGACUAUUUCUCCCAUCUUGAAAGACAAAUAAUUUUGGGACAUGGGGAAAUCACUUCCCUUUGAACUAUCAUUUGACUAUCUGUGACUACAAAUAAAAUAUUUAAUGUAUAUAGA